AUGGAGGACAAAUGGCUCGACAAGUGGCUGGACCCGCUCAACAUGAAGCUGCCCGCGAUCCAGUCCACUGCGGGGGCGGUGCCGGUGCGCAACGAGAAAGGGGAGCUGUCUAUGGAGAAGGUGAAAGUGAAACGUUACAUUUCGGGCAAACGUCCCGACUAUGCUCCCAUGGAGUCCUCAGACGAAGAAGAAGACUUUCAGUUUGUCCAGAAGAACCGGGAACAAGAGGCCGAGCCCGAAGAGGCUGAGACCGAGGUGUCUGACCCACGGCUGAAACGUCUCAUGAACCGGACCAACGAGGACCAAGAGGAGAGGUACCAGAGACACAGAGCCAUCGUGGAGCCUGAGGUGAUGGUCGACAGCAGCGACUCUGAGGAGGAGGUGCAGCAGGUCAGAGCCAGAGUCCGGGAGCGAGAGAUGGAGGAGAGCAGUGAAGAAGAGGAGGAGGAAGAGGAAGAGGUGGACGAGGAGGAGCUGGAGCGCCGGCGCACGGUCAUGCGGCAGCGCGCUCAGGAACGGAAGCUGGAGGAGCAGGAAGUGAUGGAGGUGGAGGAGGAGAGGAAAUCCGACCAAUCAGAGUCCGAGUCUGAGUACGAGGAAUAUACGGACUCUGAGGAUGAAGCCGAGCCGCGGUUAAAGCCAGUGUUCAUCCGGAAAAAAGACAGAGUGACUGUAGCAGAACGAGAGAUGGAGGAGCUGCGUCAGAAAGAGGUGGAGGCAGACCAGCGCCACCAGGCUGAGGAAAGGAGGAGGUACACGUUGAAGAUUGUGGAGGAGGAGGCCAAGCGCGAGUUUGAGGAGAACCGCAGGAACGUGGCGGCGCUGGACGCUCUGGACACAGACCCUGAGAACGAGGAAGAGGAGUACGAGUCCUGGAAGCUACGAGAGCUGAAGAGGAUCAAGAGGGACCGGGAGACCAGAGAGCAAAUGGAGAGGGAGAAGUCUGAGGUGGAGCGGUUCCAUAAUCUGACCGAGGAGGAGCGUCGAGCCGAGCUCCGGGUCCAGGGGAAAACUGUCACCAACAAAGCUCCGAAAGGAAAGUCCAAGUUUCUGCAGAAGUACUACCACAGAGGAGCCUUCUACAUGGAUGAGGAAGAUGAAGUUUACAAACGAGACUUUAACGCUCCAACUCUGGAAGAUCAUUUUGACAAAACUGUUCUGCCGAAGGUCAUGCAGGUGAAGAACUUUGGGCGCUCUGGAAGAACCAAGUACACUCAUCUUGUGGACCAGGACACCACGUCCUUCACCUCGGCCUGGUCCCAGCAGAGUCUGCAGAACAUCAAGUUCCUGAAGCCCAAGACUCAGGGCAAAGACAAGGAGACGUUUGACCGGCCGUCUGUGAGCAAGAGGAAGGUCUGA